AUGGCUACACCUGCGGCGGUUGCCCCUCCACAUUUCACUUACCUAGACGAAAAAUGGAAGCUCUCCAAAAAAGAAAGCAUCUCCAGAAGCCGUUCUUCCACUUCUUCACUUAUCAGAAACCCCUCUUCCUCCUCCGCCGAUACUCACCGCCGUUGUGCUUUCACCAGAAAAUGCGCUCGUCUCGUCAAAGAACAAAGAGCUAGAUUCUACAUCAUGAGACGAUGCGUCACAAUGCUCAUCUGUUGGCGUGAUUACGGCGACUCUUAA